GGCAGUGGGGCGGCGGGUUGUGUGUACAGUUGGGUAGUGGUUCAGGUGGGGACAGGCGGAAGGAUCUGCGUGAUUUUUGUAAAUAUUGGCAGCGGCGAAGCGGCAGAGUCGCGUGCUGCUCUGGAUACCGGAGCAUCCUUUAUUUGUGUGCUCUGAAAAUGGCCGGAGUGCCGGUGGAUUUGAACCGUGUUUCAGUCUUAUUUUAGCAGUGAGCGGGACAGAAGACUCGUUUGUUCUCGGAGAUAUACGGCACACAUCUUUUCUCAGCGUGUGGACGUGUUUUGGAAGAAGCUAGGAGCAGCAUGCUGCUCUCUAAACUGGGCUCCUUCUCUCACAUCCCGUCCAGCAUGGAUCUGCCGGCCAAGCUGCAGCAAGCCAAAGCGGAGAAGCAGCCGUUUGAGAAGCUCUACCGGCUGGGCUCGGUGCUCGGCAGCGGAGGAUUCGGUACCGUUUACUCGGCGGUUCGUCUGGCCGACGGGCUACCGGUGGCGGUGAAACAUGUGAACAGGGAUAGAGUGACUGAGCUGGGCACUCUGUGUGGUGCCGUGGUUCCUCUUGAGAUUGUGCUGUUGAAGAAGGUUGGCGGGGCAUUUGGCGGUGUGGUGCGGCUCUUGGAUUGGUGGGAGCGGGCAGAUGGCUGGCUGAUGGUGAUGGAGCGUCCCGAGUCGGGCCAGGACCUGUUUGAUUACAUCACAGAGCGCGGUGCGUUGGAUGAGGCUGCGGCACGAGACUUCUUCCUGCAGGUGCUGGAGGCGGUGCGUCACUGCUACACCUGCGGUGUCGUCCACCGUGACAUCAAGGACGAGAACCUGCUGGUGGACCUGAGGACUGGACAGAUCAAACUCAUCGACUUCGGCUCAGGGGCCCUCCUGAAAGACACCGCCUACACUGAGUUUGAUGGAACCCGGGUGUACAGUCCUCCAGAGUGGAUCCGGUUCCGUCGGUACCACGGUCAAUCAGCCACCACCUGGUCACUCGGUGUGCUGUUGUAUGACAUGGUGUGUGGCGACAUCCCCUUUGAACAGGACGAAGAGAUCCUGAGAGGACAGAUCUACUUCAGACGCAAAAUCUCCACAGAGUGCCAGCAGCUGAUUGGCUGGUGUCUGAGCCAGCAGCCCUCUGACCGGCCAACACUGGAGCAGAUCCUCCUCCACCCCUGGCUGACAGACAGCAACUGUCAGCAAACUGAUGAGGGCAACAUCACACUUCAUACAAUUACAGCUGACUCCUCCUCUUCCUCCAGUCAGCAGAGCCUCUGAUUGGUCAAGGGGGCAUGGCUUGGACUUAAUGGCAGCUGCCCCCCAGUUACUUUGUGUUGAUCAUGGAGUUGUGGGCAGUUUAAGAAUGAGGCUGGAUCCUCUGUUCACAGAAGAUGCAGCAGCUCUAUGCUGCUCUCAGUGCCUUGUGUUAGUAAACUGUUGUUAGCAAUGCGUUGCCAUGGUAAUCAGCAUCCAGCAAAAAAAAAAAAAAAAAAAGACUGUAAAGGAAAGUUCAGUCUUUUCAGAGGUGCAGUCAGAUUCAUUUCCAAUAUUUUUUAUUUCUUUUUAAAGUAUUUUUUUUUACAAUAUAUGUGAGUUUUAUAGCUUAAUUUCUGUGAUGUGACCUCUAUACUCAUCACGGUGGGCUGAAUGAACAGUUUUAAGUAUUACGCAGUGUAACAUUUUUUCCUGUAACUCUUUACUUGCUUUGGAUUCAAAGAAAAAACAGCAGGUAACUUUAUCUUAUCUUGACUGUAUGCAUCUUGUAAUUACAAGACCUGGAAUUUAGAUUUUUUUUUUUGGUUCGGUCUGCAGUCAGAAAGAAACAACAAGGAAAUUACUUAGAAACAAGAGUGAACACACAAAGAGUUAUGCAGUCAGACAGAUGUGGGAAGCAGCAACUCAUUCUACCUACAUGGUCUAUCUGACAUCAGGAUACGAGUGUCUGAUACUGUUUCCUUAUAUUCAGGCAGUACUUUUCUCCUAAUUAUGAUGACUCUGCUUGUUUGAGAUACUGUCAGUGAUUUGUGUGGAGUGUUUUCUUAUUAGUAUUUCACCAUUGCAGAGGCAUCUGAAGUCCUUCAGUGAGGCAAAAAUCAGUCUGUCCUCUGUUAGGUUGGUUGACACUGUUGGUCUGUCAGACAUAGUUGUGACACAGAAUCCCAACUGUGAAAGCUACUGAUGUUGUUUACAUGAGAUGUCACCGCUGUGUUUGGUAGCUGCGGUCCCAGAAUCUGGUGGCUUGCAAUAUCCAUUGACAGUACAGUGAUAAUGAGAAAAGGCCUCCGUUGGUUUUUCUUUGAGAGAAUGCAGCGCAGGAAGUUAGAAAACAGUGAAAAAUGUCCCACCUGUUUCUAGACCAAAGAGACAUCCAUAUGUCAGGGUCACAACUAAUGGUUAUUUUGUGUUGUCCAUAAAUCUGCUGAUUAUUUUCUUGAUUAAUUUAUCAAUUGUUUCGGUCUAUAAAAUAUCAGAAAAUUCUGCCUCGUUUUGUUCACAAGCCAAAGGUGUUCCGUUUACUGUCAUAGAAGAGCAAAAGAAGCCAGGAAAUAAUCACAUUUAAACAGCUAGAAUUAGAAAUUUCUUUUUCCUUGAAAUUGCUCAAACCAUUUAAUCGAUUAUUAAAAUAUUUUGCGAUUAAUUUCACUGUGGUAACCCAUCGAUCAAUAGUUGUAGCUCUUCUUCACAUGGCUUGUUUUUCUCGACCAACAGUCUCAAACCCAAAAAUAUUCGUAACAGUAACAGGAAACUGAGAAAAGCAGCCGGAAAAGCUACCUAAACUAUUUUUCUGUAAUUGGAGGAGCUGUCCUCCAAAUCACACCCUACCCCAGCCAUCAUGUCAGCCUUCAGCUAGUGAAGUAUCCUCAUCUGCUGACAUGAGCCAAAUUUGCCAACACCUCUGUAGAGCUCUGACUGGUUCAGGACACUAGAAUCAUGGCUUUUUCACACGUAACUCUGCUGAGUAUAAAUGUUUACUUCAUGUAGAAGACAUCUCAUCGUUUAAUGUUUACUUCUGUUUACAUUUGAGUUUUAUCAAUAUAUUUGUUUAGUUGAUUGGUCUCCUUUUUCAAGCUGAACUGUUUUUUUAAUGCAUUGUUCAGAUACAGUUGAUGCUACAUUAACAUGCACACUUUUUGGUUAAAGUUGGGUUCAUUCGGUUAUUUUUUUUUAGUCGGUUCUCUAAAGGUUCUGAGGUUCCACAACCAAUCCAACUUCUGUCUUUCAUUUCCUUUGUUUAGUUGGAAUUGUUUGUCAGGGUGGAAAAUGCACAGUCAAUGCAAAUAUUCGGUUUUGUAUUUUGAAUCUACAGUUUUUGUUUGUAAAUAUAUACAUUUUGUAAAUUUAUAUUUAUUUAGCAAAGAGGCAUUCCUUGUCCUGUGAUUAUUUAUUUAUUAUCUUGUUAACACUUCCAAAUAUUUUUUCUUUUUUUAAAAUCUUUUUUCUAUUGCGAGCAUAAAAACUGAAUAUAAUUAGGCUCUUUUUAAAAAAUUGUCUAGAGUUUAAACAUUUUAACAAUUUUUCAUUCUCUGACUCAUUUGUUACACUUUUACAGUUGUGUUAUGAAAUGCAAAACUCUGACAGGGGAAAAGGGUAUUUUUUCAUGACAAUGUUUCAGAAUAAAACGUUUCGUAUCUAAACAA